AAUUAACCAAACUUAACCUUUCAUUUUGCCGACCACCAAAAAGAAUCGUUGCCCACUCACAAAUCAGAGCUCGUACUGUAGGUGCAAAUCCAUGGGAUCAUAUUCCCAAUAAUUGACACAAAAAAAAAUCCAAUCCAAAGACGUUUUUCAUAGCAAAAAAAUUCAGAUCAUCAUUUCGAAGCUUCAAGUUUUCUUCUUCUAAACUCCAAUGGCGGAAACGGCUUCAUCGCGAGAGAUCAGUCUCUUCUCUCCUUACAAUAUGGGAAAGUUGGAUCUUUCUCACAGGGUGGUGCUGGCGCCGAUGACGAGGUGCAGGGCGAUCAACGGAGUGCCGCACGAGGCGCUGGCUGAGUACUACACGCAGAGGUCGACUGCCGGCGGGUUUCUCAUCAGCGAAGGGACUUUGGUCUCCAACACAGCGGCGGGGUUCCCACAUGUGCCUGGAAUUUAUACGGAAGAACAGGUGGAGGCAUGGAAGAAGGUUGUGGACGCCGUUCAUGCUAAAGGCAGCAUCAUUUUCUGUCAACUUUGGCACGUUGGCCGUGCAUCUCAUCAAGUUUAUCAACCUGGUGGGGGAUCACCAAUAUCGUCAACAAACAAGCCCAUCUCACAGAGAUGGAGAGUUCUGUUGCCGGACGGGUCUUACGGGCCAUAUCCAAAGCCUCGUGCCUUGGAAACCUAUGAAAUACCAGGGGUGGUGGAGGAUUAUCGCCGCGCAGCCAUAAAUGCCAUUCGAGCAGGUUUUGAUGGAAUUGAAAUCCAUGGCGCGCAUGGCUACCUCAUUGACCAAUUCUUGAAAGACGGGAUCAAUGAUCGAACAGAUGAGUACGGUGGAUCCAUCGACAACCGAUGCAAAUUCUUAACGCAGGUGGUUCAAGCUGUGGUUUCUGCCAUUGGUGCUGACAGAGUUGGAGUUAGAAUUUCACCUGCAAUUGAUCACCUUGAUGCCGUGGACUCCGACCCGGUCGGCCUAGGAUUGGCAGUGGUUGAGAAGCUUAACAGGCUCCAACUAAACACAGGAUCACGGCUGACUUAUCUCCAUGUGACGCAGCCUCGUUACACGGCCUAUGGUCAGACGGAAUCAGGCAGACCCGGCAGUGAAGAGGAAGAAGCUCACCUUAUGAGGACAGUGCGAAAAGCUUACCAAGGAACACUUAUUUGUAGUGGUGGCUUCACUCGGGAGCUUGGAAUGCAAGCUGUAGCGGAUGGCGACGCGGAUUUGGUCUCAUAUGGUCGCCUUUUCAUCUCAAAUCCUGAUUUAGUAUUGAGAUUUAAGCUUAAUGCUCCUUUGACUAAGUAUAAUAGAAAGACCUUUUACACUCAGGAUCCUGUUAUUGGGUACACCGAUUACCCUUUUCUUCAGGAAUCACGUUCACGUCUUUGAUUGGGAUAUUCUUCGGAAUUAUUUACGUUAUUAUAGGUUAUGGGUGGUCAUUGUAUGUUGUGGAACUUGACUUAAGUACUGAUUUUUGAUUAAGAGUUUGUAAUGCAAUAAAUGAAUAAAUAAAAGCCUAAAGUAGAAAAAGUAGUGUUCUUCUGUAAA